UAAUUUCGGUCCAGUUCUUCCUCCCACUCCAAAUAAGUAAGAACGAGUUAAUUUUGACCGAUAGAAAAAAUGCAGUCCUCAUUUUUUGUCGCGUUGUUAACCGUCUCGAUAAGCUUGCUCUUAUCCGUUCAACCCGGGUCGUGUAAAAAUGAGCAAUCGCUAAGGUUCUGGAACGCAUCGGGAUGUACGGGGGACCCCUUCGCGAGUACGGCAGUGUCCACAAAUGAUAUCCAAAUUCCUGCCGGAAUAGUCGUGUUCUACUACCAAGUUAAUGGGCUAUGGAAAAUUCAACAUUGUUACAACGUGACCACCUGCCCUUCAGCACCAGUAAUUGCACAUGGGUCAGGUGGCGACUGUGCGCAAAGAUUUAUCGGGGCAGCUGACAAGGAAGUACACGUGAUCCGCUACGGAGAUGCGAACCAGGUUGAAGAAAGGAUCACAUUUUUUGAGGAACCGCGUUUUGAAGGGCCAAGUUUCUCGGUUACACCGGACACGCCCUUAACUGAUGCAGCCAGACGAGUACAAUCUUAUUUUUUCACGGGACCCAGCUCCUGGCAGCACAAAAGCUCGGAAGCUGCCGAGGAAGGGGUGUGUGUCAACGCGACGGCGGCGGUGGACCAGAAUGGGUAUGGAUUCACGUAUGAAUUAACGGUAGAUCUUCAAGUGGGUUGGGUUCGACAUGAAUGUAAUGUGACGGGAGAACCAACUACGACGGUAACGACGCCCCCUCCAACUACGACGGUGACGACGCCCCCUCCAACUACAACGGUUACGACGCCCCCUCCAACUACAACGGUGACGACGCCCCCUCCAACUACAACGGUGACGACGCCCCCUCCAACUACAACAGUGACGACGCCCCCUCCAACUACAACGGUGACGACGCCCCCUCCAACUACAACAGUGACGACGCCCCCUCCAACUACAACGGUGACGACGCCCCCACCAACUACAACAGUGACGACGCCCCCUCCAACUACAAAUGCGUCAACUACAACUCCACCGACAACAACAGUGACGACGCCCCCUCCAACUACAACGGUGACGACGCCCCCUCCAACUACAACGGUGACGACGCCCCCUCCAACUACAACGGUGACGACGCCCCCUCCAACUACAACAGUGACGACGCCCCCUCCAACUACAACGGUGACGACGCCCCCUCCAACUACAACAGUGACGACGCCCCCUCCAACUACAACGGUGACGACGCCCCCACCAACUACAACAGUGACGACGCCCCCUCCAACUACAAAUGCGUCAACUACAACUCCACCGACAACAACAGUGACGACGCCCCCUCCAACUACAACGGUGACGACGCCCCCUCCAACUACAACGGUGACGACGCCACCACCAACUACAACAGUGACGACGCCCCCUCCAACUACAAAUGCAUCAACUACAACUCCACCGACAACAACAGUGACGACGCCCCCUCCAACUACAACAGUGACGACGCCCCCUCCAACUACAACAGUGACGACGCCCCCUCCAACUACAACGGUGACGACGCCCCCUCCAACUACAACAGUGACGACGCCCCCUCCAACUACAACGGUGACGACGCCCCCUCCAACUACAACGGUGACGACGCCCCCUCCAACUACAACGGUGACGACGCCCCCUCCAACUACAACAGUGACGACGCCCCCUCCAACUACAACGGUGACGACGUCCCCUCCAACCACAAAUGCAUCAACUACAACUCCACUAACUACAACCACACCAACUACAACUACACCAACGACAACUACAACUACACCAACAACAACUACACCAACAACUACAACAAAUUCAACAACACCAACUACGACUAGAUUAACUACUACUACUACGGUGAGAACUACUACUCAAAAUACUACCACCGAGGCGUCAACAGAACCAACGACGGAAUCCAGCGGUUACACCCACGCGUUGGGAAUUUUACCAGUUUUCCUUACAAUUCUAGCUACAAUUUGCUUCCAAUUUUGAUUACCAAACUGAAAUACAUUCACUGAUAAAAUACGAUUAAAUUAAUAUGCCAUAAUUUUUAAAAUGAACUAUUUUCAUAUUCGUGCAAUUCUUGAUAAUGAGAUGAAUAAUAAAAGAUUUAAUAAUGAGGUCUAGAAUUGUGUAAAAAUA